GAGGCGGGGCCAAGGAGGACUGGAUUUACUACCAGUCCCUCUGCUUCUGUCCUUGGGCGCCGGAGCACAGUUACAGUUUAUCUAGCUCCGCUUAAGCCAAACAGCACCAGCACCAUGCCUAUGACGCUGGGUUACUGGGACAUCCGUGGGUUGUGUCACGCCAUCCGCCUGUUGCUGGAAUACACAGACUCAAGCUAUGAGGAGAAGCGAUACACCAUGGGGGACGCUCCUGACUAUGACCAAAGCCAGUGGCUGAGUGAGAAAUUCAAGCUGGGCCUGGACUUUCCCAAUCUGCCCUACUUAAUUGAUGGGUCACACAAGAUCACUCAGAGCAACGCCAUCCUGCGCUACCUUGCUCGCAAGCACAACCUGUGUGGGGAAACAGAGGAGGAGAGGAUCCGUGUGGACAUUUUGGAGAACCAGGCCAUGGACACCCGCCUGCAGUUGGCCGUGGUUUGCUACAGCCCUGACUUUGAGAAACGGAAGCCAGAGUGCUUAGAGGGUCUCCCUGAGAAGAUGAAGCUCUACUCUGAAUUCCUGGGCAAGCGGCCAUGGUUUGCAGGGGACAAGGUCACCUACGUGGAUUUCCUUGCUUACGACAUCCUUGACCAGCACCGUAUAUUUGAGCCCAAGUGCCUGGACGCCUUCCCAAACCUGAAAGACUUCCUGGCCCGCUUUGAGGCCCUGGAGAAAAUCUCUGCCUACAUGAAGUCCAGCCGCUUCCUUUCAGGCCCCAUAUAUUUGAAGAAGGCGCUGUGGGGUAACAAGUAGGAUGCUUUAAUACCAGGGCCAAGAGGAGAUCUAGGCUCGGUGGUCAUUGGCCUGGGGCACAUCUGGGGCCCUGGACCACUGCAUCAGUCUCCCCAUUCCUUCCUUACUGAAAAUUCUCUUUUGAAAAGCCCUAGCAACUCCUCUUUUCCACUCAGCCUCUCCCCACGCCAAACUUCUGUUCACUCUAGCUCCCCUUUCCUUCAGUCCCUUACUUCCUUUUCUUGUCUUUGCCCUGGAUCCUAGUAUCCAUCAGGUUUGCUAGGGGUGCUGAAGGGAUGCACCUGACUCUGGGGCUCCCAACACCGUCGGAGAAACCAGUCCUGCCUUCUAUGCUGGAGCCCAUCAUCCUGCGAGGCUAGCCCGUGCUGCCAGAAAGACCAGUCCUCUAGUUUGCAGACCCUGGUCUCCGGUAUGGGACUGUCCCCGCCAUGUCUGAUCCUUAAUAAAGUCUGAACCACA